UUAUGCCCCUUCGCCUUUCCUCAUCUAUCAUUUUCUCACUCUUAAAUACCAACAACCUUUUCCCCCCUUUCUUCCAAAACUCUACUCUAAUGGCGAUCGCUUCUUCUUAUUCUUCUUCCUCCUCUUCUUUCUGCUCAGUUUUCUCCUGCUCCUUAUUCGUUAUGGUGAUGUCCGCCGCCUUGGCUGCUUCGCAGCCGCCUCUCGGUUUGUUUGAGCAGGAAGGUGUUUAUAGGGUUUUGGAGGCUGUGAACCCUGAGAUUCCAUGGCGGUCUCUCUUCCCCGACGAUCUCUGCUCCUCCGCCCCGCACGGCGUCGUUUGUGACGAAGGAGAUGAUGAUGAUAGUGGCGGUGUCUCUCACGUUACUGAGCUCAACUUCGGCUACGUCUCCGAUUAUACACCAAACCCGCCCUGUAGUCCUAAAGCUACCAUCCAUAGUUCGCUUCUCGCUCCCUUUACGCAUCUCCGGAAGCUCUUCUUCUUCCAAUGCUUUACGGAAGCUCCUGUUUCCUUUCCGGAUUUAUCUUCCCUUGUCUCGCUUGAGGAGGCGGUGUUCGUGGAAAAUCCGGCGUUGUAUGGUUCGAUCAGUGGCGACAUUGGCCGUUUGAGAAGCCUGAGGAGGUUUGUUCUCACCGGAACCAAUGUUUCUGGAGAAAUGCCGGUAGGGUUUGGGGAUUUAUACAACGUGGAGCAAGUCACUCUCUCGAGGAACAAACUCAGUGGCUAUGUCCGGACAAAUUUCCAGGCGUUAAACAGGCUGAGAGUCCUUGAUCUGAGCCAGAACCAGUUCUCCGGCGCUGUCCCGGUUUCAAUCGGAAACCUAACUCAGCUCCUGAAACUCGACCUCAGUUUCAACCAAUUCUCCGGGAGAAUCCCGGAAACUCUCCGCUUCUUAAACUCGCUAGAGUUUCUCGAUUUGAGCUACAACAGGUUCACCAAUUCAGGGAUUCCGGCGUUCAUCCCGGCGAUGCGGAAACUGAAAGAGGUAUAUUUGAGCGGGAAUAACUUGGGAGGGGUAAUUCCGGAAAUAUGGGAAAACAUGGGAGGUCUUCAGGGAAUAGGAUUAUCAAGGACUGGACUUGUUGGGAAUAUUCCAGUUUCUAUGGGCAUCCAUUUGAGAAAUGUGUGUUAUUUAGGUUUGGACAACAACUAUCUGGAAGGGACAGUACCUGCGGAGUUUGGAGCAUUGGAGUUUGUGAACGAGUUAAAUUUGGAGAACAAUAAUCUGAGCGGGAAAGUCCCAUUUUCUGCUGAAUUUGCCCUCAAGGUCGGUGAGAAGUUGAAAUUACACGGCAACCCUCUUCUCUGUGUGGAUGAAGGUCUAAGAUCUGCUAAAGUUAGUGGCAGUUUGGAAAACCUCAAAUUAUGUAGUAGACAUUAUCUUCCCAAAUCUGCACCUCUUUCCAACUCCUCUCCAGUCUUACACUCUUCCACUGCUUUCCUGAUCAUUGGGAUUCUCUGUCUCUUUUCUUAGGGGUAAAUUUGUCAUUUCACCCUUGGAAGGUGAUUACAAGAACACUUCAAUUCUAUGACAUGUUAGAUAGGAAAUUUUUGGAUUUGUAUUUUUUUUUUUGGGUAAUUAAUGUAAUGAUAAGUGCAUGUAUAUGAAUGUUUUAGUAGCAGAGAACUCUGUUUUGUUCAUUUUCAGGUACAAUGAUGCUUUAGUACUGAAACUUUGACGCCUGCCAUGCUUUUCUUUCACUUUCUCAUGUAAAAUCAUCUUUGUUGAACUGCUUCAAAGCAAUCAAGAAAUUCAGCUAUUAUAGUGCUUUGAGCACUAA